AUGGAUCUCAUAAGUGAUCUACCAGAAGAGAUUCUUUGUCAUAUAUUGUCUUUCCUUACCACAAAGGAGGCUGCUUUGACAUCAGUUCUGUCAAAGAGAUGGCGCGGUUUGAUUGCGUUAGUCCCUAAUCUUGUCAUUGAUCACUGUGAUUUCCAACAGAGCUUCAUGGAUUUUGUGGAUAGAGUAUUGGCAUUGCAGGGUAAUUCUCCCAUUAAGAGAUUCUACCUCAAUGGUAUGGGCGUUGUUGAUUUUGAUCGUGUGGAUUGUUGGAUACAGAACGUGAUGUUGCGUGGUGUUUCAGAGAUUGUUCUUUCUAUCUAUGAUAAUGCGGAAUCAGUAGCUAACUCUAGACGUAUGUUUCCAAAAGUUUUCCAAAACAAGAAACUAGUUAAGCUAGUAUUAAGUUUUGUAUUAGAUAUUAGUUUGAUGUGCGGCAGCAUUUUCUUACCGACGCUAAAAACUCUCGUUCUUGAAUUUGUUUUGGUAUCUGUUGAUAAGUUUGAGAUUCUUCUCCAUGCUUUGCCUGCGCUUGAGGAAUUAGUCCUAGAUAGUAUAUACUCGAAAGAUUGGGGUUUUACUCUGACUGUAUCAAGUGCAAGCCUCAAGGCCUUAACAAUAAAGUACAGUAGUAUAGCUGCUUUUUCAUUUGAUACACCUAGUCUUGUGUACUUCUAUUAUUCCAAUCUUGUCGCGGAAGACUAUUUCGUAGCUAAAAUGGAAAACUUGUUUGAGGCUCGAAUUAGCCUUUUGGUAAGUGGAGAAGAUAUUGCGCGAGCAAGACCGCCACACAAUAUUAUGUUAGAGGAUGAUGAGGACGAUAAUGUUACUAUCCGAUUUUCAAAUGUUGGGAACCUUAUGAGUGGCAUUCGAAAUGUUCGGUGUCUAGUUCUGUCUCAUGAUACUCUUGAGGUGCUUUCUAUAUGCUGUGAAUCAUUGCCAAUGUUCAUAAACCUCAACUCAUUAACUAUUAAAAGCGACGAUAGUCGAGGAUGGCAAGCAAUGCCAGCUCUUCUAAGGAAAUGUCCGCAUUUAGAAACUCUAGUCCUUGAGGGUCUCUUGCACUAUGUGACAGAUAAAUGCGGGGAUGCUUGUGACUGCGUUUCUCGGGAGGAAAAGGGUCGUUCACUCACAUCUUGUCCCGUAAAAGUGUUAGAGAUUAAAAGGUUUAAAGGAAGAAUGAAAGAGAUGCACCUGAUAAGACAUUUCUUAGACUAUUUUCCAUGUUUGAAGGAGAUGAAGAUCUAUAUGGAAGAGAAUGAUCCUGCACAACUCAAAGUCACUGAAGUUUCUGAAUUUAUGGGGGAGAUUAUGAUGGAAUACUAUAACAAGUCAUCGAGUUGCAAUGUCCAGCUCCUAGUGAGUGGUAACUUGUAUGAGAAGUGGACUGCAUAA